AUGGCUGGUGUUACGGAACGGAGCUCGCCGGCUCUGGGCGCAGGCCAGAAUGGCAUAGAAAUCAACAAGUGUUUUUUUGUCUAAUGUAAGCUUCCAAUCUUCAUUUUUUAGCGACGAGAUUCAACAGUGGAUUCUCGACCUGAAGGAUCCAAGGAAGAGAGAGGUAUGAAAAUGGAAUUUAUCCUUCUACGAAAGGAUUGCAGAAUGCUCUCCUCGAACUGAGCAAAAAAAGAGACAGCGUUCCAGAACUGCCCAUUUGGCUUUGGUAUUCGUUCGGCACGAUGGCCGCGCUCUUGCAGGAGGUCCAUUUUUGGAUUUUCGUCUCAAAAGUUUUUUUUUGGAAAGAUUGAGAAAAGACGCAGAGAAAAUGUUGUCAAGCGUUUUUUUUUUGUUUUUGAAAAAGUGGGAAGAAAAUUGAAUCUUCGCUUAACUUGAAAAAUCGGAGAUUUUUCUGCAGGUAGUGGCGAUCUACCCGGCCAUCAUGCCAGCCAACCUUUCCGCUGUGCAGUCGAAUCGCGUUUGCAACGCCCUCGCCUUGAUGCAAUGUGUGGCGAGUCACCGGGACACUCGAGCUCCCUUCCUUCAAGGUUGCUACUCCUUCGAAACCGCACAAAUGGCGACUUUCAGCCCAUAUUCCCUUGUAUUUGUACCCAUUUCUGCACACGACGAAAGCGUCACGUUCCUUUGAAUAUCUGCGUCUGACAUCUCUUGGCGUCAUCGGAGCUCUCGUCAAAACCGAAGACAAAGAUGUUCGUCAAUUUUCCAUCUGAAAAGUAUAACUCUGAAAAAAAAAUUAUAGCUCAUGAAAUUUGCAACUGAUUUGGGAGCGCGAAUUUCAAGCGAGUUAGUGAUUUUUAAACUUGCAGUGAAGUACUUUAAAAAAGCUGCAAAACAUAUUUUUAGUGACAAAAAUCUUAUACCUGCGUAAACGAUUUCAUGGUGUUGUGGUGGCCUAUGAGAUGGUGAACUGGAACUCGAAUGUGAUUUUAAAUAUGAAGGAAUUGAGAAUUAUCUCAGGGAGAAGUUCAACAAAGCUCAUUAUCGGUCCAUUCUUUAAACUACAACACGGAUUUGUCAUUAUAAGCCCAGUUACAGUUAAGUUUUUCUAAUUUGAAAUGCGGUGGAGGGACGUUUACUGUAGCAAUUUGUUACAGUAUUUGGCAGUAAGUACGAAUUCAAAGGCGAGCCUAAACUAUAAAUUUGAAAAUUUGAAAAAUUGUACAUUUCAGUCGUUCAAUUGAAAUACCAAUUGAAAUAUCAACAAAAAAAUAUUGAAAUUGGUUAUGGUAGGCUUGAUUUUCUUUUAACAAAUAAAAAAAAUGAAUCUGAAAUUGAAGAGCUCCCUUUUAAAGAAAUAUCACCUGGAGAAAAGUGGGCAUUUUGGAAAAAAAAAGUUGUAAACAGGGAUCGGCGGCCCUGAAAUUUGGUCUGCCCCAUGUAUGGGCUAGGUGAAACAAAAAAUAAGGAAAAUAAAAAUGGGAAAAAAGUCUGUAAUGCUUCGAAGAUCUUGCUUUCAGCAAUUGCUGACGGUGAUCAGUUUCUUGCUCUCGACGGAGAUCAUUCCACUCUGCUUGCGCAUCAUGGAGCAAGGGACUGAGUUGUCCAAAACUGUCGCCACCUUCAUCCUCCAGAAAAUUCUCCUCGACGACACUGGCCUCGCCUACAUCUGCCAGACUUACGAACGUUUCAGUCACGUUGCCAUGAUUCUGGUAAGGUCAUCAAGAACUUAUUCUGAACUUUUACUUUAUCAGGGAAAAAUGGUGUUGAAACUUGCUCGUGAGCCCUCGUCGCGUCUUCUGAAGCACGUCAUCAGAUGCUAUAGUCGGCUCAGCGACAAUUCUAGGUUUCUUAUGCAUUAUUUUUUUACGGUGAGGUAGGAGAGCAUCCAAAGGUUUAGAAAAAUAGAAUAAAGAGUUUUUUUUUUUCAAUGGUGUUAGGUAAAGUUUAUUAGAACAGAGUCUUAGUCUCUUCUGAAAAUGAAGUUUAUGAUCUAAUAUUUAUUAUCACCAUAAAAAUGUUUGUCCCGCCCUUUUCCUUGUCUGACUAGACUUCUUUUCUUUAUGAGUAAAAAGUUUUUUAUGGUUUUUUUUUCUCAAAUGUUGCCCUUUUUUGAGUUUUCUCACCUAAGAAGUUGUAUAUUGUAAUUUUUUAGAAGUGACUAGGCAGAUUCCCCAAUGACGGUCUUCAUGUGUUAGUUAAUGAAGAAAUGCGGGUCGCAAAACUUAAAAUUCUUAAAAACUGAUGCAACUUUUUUGUUUUUAGCUAUAGAGCUCAGCUCGCACUGCGGCAGUGCCUGCCGGAUCAGUUGAAAGAUCUGACUUUCAAGAAGCUUCUCAAAGACGACGUGAGCACAAUGAACUGGCUGCGGACGCUGAUGAAGAAUCUGGGUUAGUGAAUAAUGGAGGAAGCGUGGCAUUUCUGAGUGUCACUCUCAGAUAUCACUUGCGCUCUGCUCGACGAAGACAAGGAAAACGGACCUCCUCCUCCUCCUCCCCCGGCCGUGGCCAACCCUUGA